CGGCGGUAUCCUAUUAUCUCGGGCGACGACGUAACGUGUUUUCGAUUUCACGUGCCGAUAAAAUUGGAAAGCUCUCGCGUUCGCGACUUCGCUGUACGUGACUCUUCCGGUUUCCGUGGUGAUUCCUGUCGCGUUUCCGAAUUUUCGACCACUCUUGGCAAUUUUGUCCAUUCGUGUAAAGUCAUGCCGCCAAAGAAAUCGAAGAAAGCCAACAAGCACAAUCAAGAUUGGGCCGACGACGACGACGAUUCAGCUGUGGAUAUAUUAGCUGCUGCCAAAGUAAAUGAUGAUGUAGCAGUUGAAGUGCCGGUGCAACCUAAUCGUGGAAAUAAAACUUCUAAAAAAAACAAGAAAAAGAAUAAAAAUCAAGAUUGGGAUGAUGAAUCUGAAGAUUUGGUAGAUAUUUUAGCUGCCUCAGAAGUAAAUGAUGAUGCAACUACCAAUGAACUGCCACAACCUAACCGUGGAAAUAAAAUUUCUAAAAAAAACAAAAAGAAAAAUAAGAAUCAAGAUUGGGAUGAUGAAUCAGAAGAUUUAGUUGAUCUAUUGGCGGACACAAAAUUAAAUGAUGAUGAAGUGGUUGUUGAAGAAAUCCCCCAGCCAAAUCGCGGAAAUAAGAUCUCUAAAAAGAAUAAGAAAAAGAACAAGAAUCAACAAGAUUUGGACGAAAACUCAGCAGUUGAUGAUGAUGAUAACGAUGACAUUAACAUUAAGGUUUCAACAUCGCCGACCGAAGAAGUUGCAGACAAUACAUCGGCAAAAAUUUCGACGGGAAAAAUUUCGAAAAAAAACAAAAGGAAAAAAAAAGAUUUUGAUUUAGAAGAAGACGACGAUGACACAUUGCUUCAAGACAAUGUUGUCAGAAUUGAUGAUAAUAAAUCAUUGGACAUCGAAGAUAAAUUUAUUGAUGCUGGUGACGAUCUCUCAGCAGUAGAAAAAACUGCCGAAAAAAUCAAUAAGGUUUCCGGCGAUGUUGAAAAUGACAGUACUUCAACAGCUAUGCCAGUUGUAGAACAAGAUGUAGUUGCUGAAGAUACUGGUGAUGUAGACGAAGAACUGGAAGCAGCUAAGCUUGCAGGAAAAAAAAAGAAGUCGAAGAAAAAUAAAAAGAAGAUAAAUUAUGAUGAGGAAAUCCUAAUGGAGGCGCCGAAAGCAGAUGUAAUAGUGGAAGGCGAUAAAAGCGAAAAAUCUGCUAUAAAUGUUGAAGAAAAAUGCGAUAUUGACGAGAAAAUGCCCGUUGAACAGCCCGUUGAUAUAGCUAAUGCCAAGAACGCAAUGGCGACAUUAAUUAGCGCUGAUGGCGAAAAUGACGAUAACACAGUAGACCAACUCGGGGAUGAAGCUGUACCAGAGGUAGUUAAAGUGCCCAAACAGAAAUCAAAAACUAAGGACGUAAGCAAAUCCGAUAAGCUAUCCCAUAAAGAGAAGAAGAAAAUGAAAAAAGAGUUGGAGUAUCAGAAACAAAUGGAUUUGUUGACCAAGAAAGGUGGUCAGGGUCACAGUGAGUUGGGAGCUAACUUUUCGGUGUCACAGAUUCAAAAGACAGCGGGUCAAUUAGCAGCCAUGGAACACGCAGUUGACAUUAAAAUUGACAGCUUUAGCAUUGCAGCCAAAGGUCAGGACUUAUUCGUCAACGCUAGCCUGCUAAUUGCCCAGGGCCGACGAUACGGUUUGGUUGGACCAAACGGUCACGGAAAAACGACACUACUCAGACACAUUGCGGAGCGGCUAUUUGAUGUACCACCGAGUAUUGAUAUCCUAUACUGUGAACAGGAGGUAGUAGCUGAUGAAACAACGGCGGUAAAGGCCGUACUUAGGGCGGACACACGGUGUACAGAGCUGCUCGCUGAGUGCAAAAGACUCGAGGAAGCUCAAGAACAAGGCACAGGUGAAGACGUAACGGAUAGAUUAAACGAAGUUUAUGACGAGCUGAAGGUACUCGGGGCGGACUCAGCUGAACCCCGAGCUCGGCGUAUACUUGCCGGUCUCGGUUUCUCUGCAGCUAUGCAGGAUCGGGCUACCAAAGAUUUCUCCGGAGGCUGGCGGAUGCGUGUGUCCCUUGCUCGAGCCCUAUUUCUGGAACCAACUUUGUUGUUACUUGACGAACCAACUAAUCAUUUGGAUCUGAAUGCCGUUAUCUGGCUGGACAAUUAUUUGCAGGGGUGGAAAAAAACUCUGUUAGUUGUAUCUCACGACCAGAGCUUUUUGGAUAACGUAUGUAAUGAAAUUAUACAUUUGGACCAGAAACGAUUGUUCUACUACAAAGGUAAUUACAGUAUGUUUAAAAAAAUGUACUCUCAGAAAAAAAAGGAGACUAUCAAGGAGUAUGAGAAACAGGAAAAGCGGCUAAAGGAAAUGAAACAACAAGGUCAAUCCAAGAAGCAAGCUGAGAAAAAACAAAAAGAAGUAUUGACUCGGAAACAGGAAAAGAACAAGGGCAAACCAGGUAAAAAUGCCGGCAUGGAUGAUGAUGAUAACGCUGAACCUACACAGCUAUUGCAAAAACCUCGAGAUUAUAACGUUAAAUUUUCAUUCCCCGAUCCCAGUCCGUUACAGCCGCCUAUACUGGGUCUGCAUAGUGUGAGUUUUGCGUAUCCUUCUCAAAAGCCAUUGUUUAAGAACGUUGAUUUUGGCGUUGAUCUCAACUCCCGGGUAGCUAUUGUGGGGCCCAACGGUGUGGGUAAGUCGACGUUCCUUAAGCUAUUAACCGGUGAUUUGCAGCCUACCGUCGGUGAAAUGCGCAUGAACCAUCGAAUGAAACUAGGAAAGUUCGACCAGCAUUCUGGUGAACAUUUGACAGCCGAAGAGACGCCCGCUGAAUAUUUGAUGCGAUUGUUCGACUUGCCGUAUGAGAAAGCCCGCAAGCAACUAGGUACUUUUGGGCUGGCUGGCCAUGCGCAUACCAUCCGCAUGAAAGAUCUGUCUGGUGGACAAAAGGCUCGUGUUGCCCUGGCUGAACUCUGUCUGAAUGCUCCUGAUGUCAUUAUAUUGGAUGAACCUACAAACAACUUGGACAUAGAAUCUAUUGAUGCAUUAGCAGAAGCGAUAAAUGAUUACAAAGGAGGUGUCAUAAUUGUAUCUCACGACGAAAGACUGAUCCGUGACACUGAUUGUACGCUGUGGGUUAUCGAGGACCAAACCAUCAAUGAAGUGGACGGAGACUUUGAUGACUACCGUAAGGAGCUGUUGGAAUGUCUUGGCGAGGUGAUCAACAGUCCGAGUAUUGCAGCCAAUGCAGCUGUCGAACAAUAAUGACAAUCUGGUGUUGUCAAUUAUUAAUUAUGUUUAACAAUUUUGGUUGUGUGCAUGAACAGACUCAUCAAAAUAUACUUAUAAUUAUAUUGUUGUCUUUGGCGUAUUUGUGAUAAUGUUAUCGUCAUUGACGUACUGUAAUUCCUAUUUACGUGCCUUGUUUACUCACAAUAUAUUUUAUGAAUAAAUUGAAUAAAAACUUAUGUUUGAAAAAACAUAGGACACUAUUUGAGAA